GCUUGAGCCUCUUGUAUGUACGUUCUGCGACGGAGACAAUAUUGACUGACAGCCUUGUUCGCCUAGCAACCGUGCCAGCUGUUUGUCUCUCCAUGCUGCAGACCACUCUUCCUCUCGUUGCGCCUGGGCCUAGUCCGACACCCGCCCCAUUGUGGGAGUCUGUCUCGGGUUUUCCAGGCUGGCCCCAGCACCCGAACCGACCUGCACGGAAUUUCUUCCAAGCUUCUCUCGGACGGGGAUUUACCCAGGCGCGAUAAUAUUAUAGCCCAGGGUACCACCACUGUCCCUGGAGGACUCCCCAGGCCUCUCGGGCUCUGGGUCGCCUCUCGGCCUGCUUGCGGCCUGCUACGGAGUCCUGGGUCCAACGCAGAACAAUAUUUACGGAGUACAGGAUGGGGCAAGGACGGGGCUCGCUAUGCUAUGCAUGCACGACCCGGAGUGUCUCCAUAAUAACAAAAUUGUCGUACCCAACUGCCGUCCAAGUCUUGAGGCAUUUUAUACACGCACAUAUUUCGACUGUGGGAGCGGUACAGUGGUUCUCCGUCCCUGCAGGCUGCUGCACCACCUCAAAUGGAGCCUUUCAGGGUUCUCAAAUGUUCAAGCGCCUUGGAGUAACAACAACAACAAUAAUAAUGCGAUGCGAGAUUUUUGCGUAAGAUGGAGAAUCGAGUUUCAGAUGUCCAAACGUGCAGAUGGCAAAGUAGCACUUCUGAGUGUUUGGGCGUUCAAUUUUGGUGAGGUAUUUCAUCUUUUGUGCCGGAUAAUAGUCAAAUGUAACCAAGGAAGCUCUGGCUGGUCCACCGCCGGGCGGAUUCUUGCUAAAACCAUAGCGAAUUCCUCGGUCCAGACGUCGUUUUUGUCGGUAUGUUUACUCACAACCAUGUUUCCAAGGCCGGCCUCUAAACUUUGCCCCCGGACAAGACUUCGUCUGCAUGUGUAUGUGUGCGCCGGCCGGACGUCUCGUCUCUUGCUGCACCAGCGCACUUUCUCGUCUGGGCUUGACCACGAUCUUGUUUCUUGACCGACCGAAGUGUGUCAAAUGCAAGACCUCCCGAUAACAACUCGCGACAGGGCCAACCCGGAGGGAUCCAUCACCCGCGGAUUUGGCCGCACUAAACCUGGCAGAAGGAACUCCGUUGCAGCUGCGACUGUGUGGGUGACGGCUGGACCAUCAUGGACGACAACAUGCAUCUUGUCGACGGCAUGCGCAGGAAUCUCGCCCGCGAAUUUCGUCAAAUACCGGGACACAGAGAGACGGUCUGCUGAGAUUCGGGUUAUAUGAAACAGUUGCCUGAGGUUUUGCCGUGAGUAUCUGGCGACCACCACGGUCACUAACGCACCUAGGAAUGCGACCUUGUUAUACCCAAACGACAUCCGCCAGGCCGUGCCCAACAGGAACCUCGAAAAGUAUGCAUCUUGCAAACGAUUAAAGGUUGGCUUUAUGAUAUCUAAAAUGCAGUGCCAGAUGUAGACUACAGCCCAGCUAUAUUCUCUUCUAUUCUGCGGGUCUGGCCCGCAUGAGAUGUUCCGAGAUGGGUGUGCUGAUCUCAUCAGCACACGUCUGUCGUUUCGAAUUUCACGGUAACAAAACGUUACAACAAAACCAGUGAAGCUCAACGUGGGCUUGCUCUUAUGUCUUGGUAGUUGACCUUGUGUCACACUCAGCAGCACCAUUGCGAAUCUGCAGAGGGGUAGUCAAAGAAAGUCUAGGAAGCAGGGCCGAUCCCGUGGAACCUUGGAUGAUCAGAUCCUCCGAUAGACCUAUCGUGCUUGAACAAGAUGACCAUGUACGAAUGGAUCAACCUGGGGUCUAGAUCAAUACUCCAGGUGUAAAUGGCAAUAUAUGGCGACUGACCAAAGAGGAUAGACUUUCCUCCCCCGCAACCUGACAUUCACAUUCGGUUUGACUCCGGGCCGUUUUGCAGGUUGGCAGGUUACUCACCGGUCAGUGACAAUGAUGAUGCAAUGAUUUGACAGAGGUCCAAGUCGCCGACGAAUCUAUUGCCCAAGCCUCCAGACAAUACCCGUCCCAUCCCUCCAUCAUCAUGCUUCCAAGCCAAGAUCAUCAUCACUGCAAGAUGCAUGAAAUAGCGCCUCAACUGCUUAACGUACAAGAAGACAGGGUUUGGAACUGUCAAAUGACACAGAAGCUGACCCGACACGAGUCAAUUGCUAGCUGUGGUACCUUCGAUCUAGACUCGUAAUGAACUUCCAAGUAUGGCCACGGAGCCGGUUGGUGUCCAAGGUACGUAGGUGAUUAUGAUGACUGGAUUGAGGUAUGGAUUGCGAGUUGUCACUGCCACCUACCCACUAUUGAAGAUUUGUCACGUGACAUCGACACGCUCUUCGACUUCUAACCUCAUGCCUUCUCUCUUAUCACCAUGAAUUCAAUUGUCGUUCUUUCGAGGAUGGAGAAUGCUCUAUAGAAAGGCUUGGAUAUGGAGGAGAUGGCGGUAUGCGAUCUACAUUCAACGAGCUUCACCAACAUUCUCACUAAUUUACCUUGGAUGAGCAGGACAGCGGGUGACACUAUGGACCAGACUGCGUUACUACGAGGACAUUUUGAUGAACCAAAGUGGCUAGGGAAAGGACAGAUUGCGGCAUCAUAUGCCACUGUCUUGAACAAAAUGGACAUGCGAGCACGGACUGGAUGAGGGAGAAGCAAUUGAGACUACAACCUUCAACCAGAAUGUGGUCAUCCGUCAUCAGCAUCUUGCAGACUUGAUACUUGAGUAUCCUAAUCAAAUUUUGGGUAUCAUUGUGAGUAUUGUGAGUAUGCAUAUUUUACUCCUGUGCUAUGAGUUAGCUUCUAUGGUAUGGUUGAGUUACUUACCUAGGUACCUACCUUACUCCCUCUCUGUGCUUACCCAUACGCAUGGUAAUUCUUAACCUUGGGCAGUAUGACGCUGAAGUCUCGAACUCCUUUCUACAUCGUGCCUUCUUCCACAUCAAUUGUUGAGAUUCAACGUCUGCCUAUCUCAACAAAAGUUUUCUGCCUGCGCCAACCAACGGCCCUGCGUGCCUUCCACUCACCUGCAACGAGAAAGUCCUUGUGCAUCCCAUGGCAAGUCCACCUUUCCUGACCUCUGGUCUCCUUUUGCCUUGCUUUCACCUUCACCUCGUUCGCGUCUCUCCCUCAUCUCCCCCUCUCCUCAUCUCUUCCACCUCUGCAAUCCAGAGAUCACUCCCUUGACAAGAUCUGACAACUAUCAACUGCUGGGAUCAGUGCCUCAUCCAUCUUCUUGGACCUGUUUGACGGAACUCUCUCGCUUACCUUCUCUCAACUCACCAUGUGGGUUCAUAAUGUUGUCCCCUGGACAUUGACCUUCAUCUUGACCCUGUCUUUGACCUUGGCCCAAACAACAAACACUGGUUGGGCCUCAUCGGCAACGACUGAUGAUGGAUGCACCUUGACCCAUGUCAUGAACCAGCCUGCACAAACUCCUCCUGUCAGCACCGUCUGGGAUGUGAUCAUGACCACCAUCUUUUAUGCGGUCGAUUGCCGUGCUUGCACCGUCACCAACGCGAAUAACUACACCUACAUUGAGGGUGCCUUCACAGAACGAACCACCAGCCCAACCCUGAUGAUCACUCGCGUUGCGUGCUUUCCGCAGGAGAGUGCAAUUACAAGAGAUGUUGAUCUCACCACCACCUCGGCACCAGGCCUGGCAGGUGUCCUCGACGCCCGCCCCGCGGUGUCAGAACCUCUUCUGGUGGAAGAUUCCCUCGAAUCCUCUGAAAAGAAGCUUCUCCGUCGUACAAGUCUAGAUGCAGCUGCCACGUUCCUGGUCGAGUCAGCCAUGGAUUUCAGCAAAUAUAUCCCACCUGAUUUCCUCCGACUCCCCGGCCAAGCUCAAAGCUUACUGAUAUCAACCUGGUCAGCUAUAUUUGCCCUCACGAUUGCUGACUCCGGCCUCAAUACAACCUCGGCCUGUGCUCAGGUACAAACCCUCGAGGUGAGAUAUCGCAUGAGCCAGUCUUGGCUAGACCCAGAUCAAGUGACAUCCUUGCUGUGCUUCUUUGCGAGAUAUGGUUACAACUUCAAUACCACGCGAGCCGAACUUUACUCGACCCUGCAGGCCGCCAUCUAUGCUAUCCAAAUUGCUGGUGACUUCACCAGCAACAGAACUGAGGUCUGUGAGAGCCUUGGUCUCUUCUACCGGGUGGGUGGGCCUUUGGGAAUCGAUACCACAAGAUUCCAGGAUUAUGCUUGCAGUAAUCUUCCAUCAAAUACUCCCACUGUAUCCAAUGUGUACGGAGAGACACCUGUUGUGCCACUGAUUCCAUAUCCGACCAACGGGACUACCUCCUGGGGCCAUCCGACUUCCUGGGAGCCUCGUACGACCAUAUGGCCUACACAAAGUAGCACCCCAGAUAGUUUGACACCAAAGUUCCCCAACAGCACGAUCUGGGGCACAGGCUCCCAGUCAUCCAACUCGGCUGGAACGGCAUACAGCUCCACAAACUCAACUGUUGUGCAGCCUACUGGAACAGGUUAUAGUUCCCCGACCUGGACUUCUUCUGGCACAGCCAGCACCGGGACUGGUUCCCGCUAUGGACUGAUAAAUUCGACUCAGUCAACACCCAGCAGUGGUCCUGGCUCUUCCACAGGUAACGUCAACUCGACUCAACCAACAACUGCAGGUACUGGGACCGGCGUCUGGUCCAAAACUGUCAACAUUACUUCUGUCUUGCCGACAGCAGCCACUAGCACAACAAAUACCACAGUAUCAAGUCUGCCCACUGAUCCUGCGGUGGGAAAUAGCUCUACAUUUAGCCUCUCUACGGUGGUAUCUUCUUCCAACAACGUAACAUCAAGCCUGGGAACUGCGUCAAGCUCAACCACUGUAAUCGGAGUUCCAUCUGAUAGUGGUGCAACUACUACUUCAGAGACCGAGACGGUAUUAACUUCGGCAACAGAGGCUGCUCCCAAAGACACCAACAUUCACCUCCCUCCCAAGCCGGAGGCCAAGGCAUUCUAUCCGGCAGUGGAGGUGCCACAUCCUCGACGUGGUAGUUGGUUCAAGCGAUACUGAUUAGUGGCUGUGGCUCAUCAUGCAUCAAUGAAACCUUUUCUAAAAAGGCUAGAGUGUGUGCGUCACUCUAUGUGGUGACAACGAGUGACAGUAGUCAACAAAAGUUUUAUGGAGAUCAGCAGAAACAACACCUGUAUCACAAGGACAAUGUAUGUUAGAUAGGUCAAGGGACCGGAGUGAGCAUGUCUCCAAAGUGUAAGAUAUGUCUUUGAAAUGCGACGUUUCCAUCUCAGGGAGAAGAUGUGAUGAUGGGUCGGCUGCUUGCAGGCACAGUACAAUACUCGGAGGUUCUGAGACACGCUCAUUUAGUCGGGACGGAAUCCAUCAGCUGAGGAUAGGACAGCUUCAAGAUGACGAUAGAAGUAUUCAAAGCACGAGUAGGCUAAAAAUGUGUCGUGACACUGGCAGUGAAUGAAAAUGUCUGAGUAGUAUCAUUGUACGGAUAGCAGUACUACAGGUAGGGGUAUAUUUUGAACAUUACAACGCGAG